AUGUCAAAAUAUCCACCGGAUCGAAUGGGACCAGAUCAGAAGAGCCCAUUGUGUGCACGCAUAAAAGCCAAGCGGCAAGCGGUGCAUCUACGAUCAUUAAUGCUGGCCGGCUUUAUCGCAACAGGAAGACCAAUGACAAUGCUCGACGAUCACGUGACCAUGGAUAUGUUGAGCAUAUUGAUAUUGUUGUCGUCAUUGUGCCGCGCCGGAACACCAUUGACCACGGGUUUCGAGUCGAUACUAGGAAUUUGUUGGUUAGCUGACUUGGAACGACCGCGGCGGCCAGCAGCUGGCUUUGUAAUCGAGACCGUCCACUAG